UUGCGGUAGGAGCUCUGCGCUAGCGAUUUGUUGUCGAUGACGACGGUGGACGACGACAGUAGCAGCAGCAACCGCAAAUAGCGUGUGUGAAUUAAUUUUGAUUUUAAACAAAGUGUCUUUAUUUAUUUUUUUUUUGAUACGCUCACUAUAUUAUCUGCCAUCACUUUCGCUCAUGUGACGCUGCAUAUGCAAACGCGCUUGCAAUAUACAUACUGUCGGAGCUUUUCCCCAAUUGUGUACAAUUUUCAAAUAUUUCCUAAUUAAGUUUAUAAUUAAAAUUAAUUGAAAAAUUACAUAUGCUUAAAUGCUUUUCUAAGUGAAGAAUAAAUAAGCAUGAAUGAGACUGGCAGAGCGCUUUAGUGGUGGCCACAGUGCGCACAGUGAAUAUAAAAAUUGAUGUGCAUGUAGUGGUAGUACUACUAUUGUGUGUGUGUGUGUGUCUACCUUGUGUUUGAUUAACGUAUAAACAUAAUUGAGAAGUUCGAAAAAACGCAAAAUCCAAACGUAGCGGAAAAGCACUUGGCCGCCACCACAAGGUACAAAUGGCAACUCUCCUCCUGUUAUCUGCUUAGGCCAGACAAAUCAUACUGCGUUACCGCCUCGGAAUUUCAUAUUUGAAAUAUUUAAACUACACAAUCAACAUAACUGUAUAUACUACAGCGGGAGUACAGGCCGAGAUAUACCUUACGAAAGACGUAGCAAAACAGUGAAUGAGUGCGAACGCCAAAGGAGGGCAGCAGCUUCACAUUUUUAAUAAUAUUGACAGAGCGCGCUCGCUGUGAAAAAAGAGAGUCGUCGUGUAUGUGCGCAGAGAAGCCCCCCAAAAGGCAGCCGAAUGCGUCAAAACAAAGUGUCUACGAAGAGACUGUAAAAGCGAGAGCGCCGAAUAGCCUGACGCAUGAGGUCCCCCCACAUGAGUGCACAAACUAACAAACGUAUCCCCCAGUGCACAACAACAACAAACAGAUUGAAAGCAAUAAAAACACACAGAGCACUAACUACUAGCUAAAACUAACCUACAAAGCUGUGAGCAUUUCUAUGCUGUUUGAGCAAGUUGAGCGGCCAGUUUCGGUUCGGCUGCAGCGCUCAGUUGACUGCAAAGCGUUUGAAAUUAACGUUGUGGCGCUCCACUCAUACAGUCAGUCAGUCAGUCGGUAUUUAUUUGCUCAGCCGAGUGUCGGCCGCUUGUGACGAUGCGCGCGGCAUUUAAGGGUUAAACACAAAAACAAAAACAAAAAAAGAAUUGUUUAAAAUAUAAAUUUCUAUUUGAGCAACACCCCUUUGCGGCCGGCGAGAUCGACGAGCGUACGGCGGUCGAAGUCGCAGUCGCUGUCGACGUCAUAAUCAAAGCACGUUUUUCCUUUGCGGGCUGCGGGCACACAGCCACAGACACAUGGAUAUCUGUUCGACUGUAUAUGGUUAUGUAGCUAUAGCUAUGUUUGGACAGUGAAAUAGACAGACGAUACGGCACGGCGCGACUGUAAAACAACGACAACAAAACAUCGUGUAAAAUCAACGAAUUUGACUGCCUCUACUAUUUGGCGUCGCAGUGUGACGACGACGCUUACCUACCCAAAUAUCAAAAUUUUAAGCAACACGAUAGACGCACAGGAGUACGGUGGAACGGUCGUACGGACGGACGGAACGUCUUAGUUCGUAAGCUAGUGUGCCUGUUGUUUCCCUGACUGCGUGCUUGCCUGCCUGCCUGUUACGCGUAAUCAUCACACACUACGAAGGAAGUGGAAACCGUUGGUGGCAAAAAGAGAAGCAGAGCCGGAGGCAGAAGAAAACUCGUCGUACUCAUCGUUGUUGCUGUCGUCGUCGGAUGUGUGCGAGCGCCACAUGAGUGUGUGUGUGUGAAAUCAAAAUCCUCAAAACUGUCGCUGCCUGCCUAUGGUUAACUACUUCCUUCAGCACAUCCAGACAGUUUCACAUUUAGUACGAGAUCUGUGCGGUACGGUGCGUGACGGCAAUUGUAGUUUAAGCGGCACAAUACGAAUUUAUUUCGUUACGAAGUCGACGGAGGUCGAUUGAAAUCGUUCGUUUCGCUACGAUACGAUUUAGACUGCUGAUUCAGUGCGCUGCUGCGGUCGACAAGAAUCAAAUACAAUAACAAAAAUAAUAAUAAUACAACAAAAAAGUGCAAAAAAUUAUUGGAGAAACUUGUGGCCAUACUAGUUGUGCGGUAUCGCAGGUCGUCACUAUACACAGGUACGAACGGAGGAUAGCAACAGCAACAACAAAACACGGCAACUAAUGACGCAGAAAAGCAGUUGUGGAAGCAUACAAAGAAGCUUUAAAAAUGCAACAAUAACAAAAACAACAAAAAAUAAGAAGAAGAAAAAAAACAAGUGGAAAUUAACAAGGUCAUCGGUAUUCUUAACAGUAUUAUUAACACGUUAACACAUAAAAACUUCCACCUACCAAAAACCAAAACAAACACGCGUGACCCCCACGACGUCGAAGGGAGUAGUAGAAAAAAUAAAGAAAACAAAAACAACAACACCAUAACAAUCAUAAUAAAGCAACAGUGCACAACACGGUGCCACACAGAGCGCGCAAAACACGACGCGACAAACCCACACAACAACAAAAAAACAACAAUAACAGUCAACGAAAGGCGCAUAAAACGCAGGCUGUAGCAAGCGGCAAGUGGCGUGUCGACGCAGACAGAAAAAAAUUGUGUGCGCUUGAAUUAGAAAAAUAACAAAAAAUAUACAUAUAUACUCAAAACAACAAAAAUAAGCGCAAAAAAAAUAAACGAAAAUGUCCUGCAUAUCCAGCAAUUUUAGCUCGUUCUUCCUCAAUUCCCUCAACGAUUCAUCAGAAUUCGCCAAGUAUUUGAGCAAUGGUGAGUUAAAGUUUUCGUCCUUCGAGGAUUUUCAAGUGUUUGGCACGGGUGCGGGCCCAGGCACAUCGCAAGCGCCACCAUCACCAUCAGCUGGCGCACCAACAUCAUCAUCAGCAGCAGCACAGCAGGCAGCAUUGCAACAGCAACAACAACAGUAUUACAAUGGCGUUGGUGGUAAUAGUGGCGGCAACAACAAUGCUAGCAUCAGCGCUGGCGCCAACACAACGGGGUUGCUAAGUAGCAUUGAACAGCAAUAUAAUAAUGGUGUGGCACCAAUGAAUGCCAUUGGUAAUUGUGGUGCGGAAGCGCCCAACACUUCCGCAUUAACGCCUGCCAACGCCCCCAAUGCGGCACAGCCCGGCAUGCAGCAGCAGCUGCAACAUGGCGCACAUUUGCAUCAUACACCACACUCCACUCAUAUGCCACAUGCAGCACAUCCACAUGCGCCACAUCCCUAUGCCGGUCAUGCACCGCAUACACCUGGCAGUCUAGCCGCUACUACCAAUGCCUUUCAUCACAGCAGCCACCUCGCUUCGCCGCACCUCACGCAAGGCAUGCCAACAGCUGCGACGCCUAAUUAUCCAACAACGCCACAGCGUUGGGGUAGCGCCGCAGCAGCAGCAGCAGCAGGUGCGAGCCCAAUGGUCAGUGCCACACCCGGCACACCGCAUCCGAUAUCGCAAUUGCAGAAUAGCAAUCAACCGGGCACGCCUCUUGCGCCUAAUCCGAAUGGUGCACAGCAUUUCGAUGGUUCCUUUGAAUUCCUAAAAUACCUGCGUCACUCCAACGAUUACAAUCAAAACAGCGAGCCGCAAGGUGAUGCUGCCGCUAGUGGCGGCGGCGGUGCGUCAGCUGGUCAAGCGCCAACCUCAACAUCAUCAUCGUCGAGCUUAAUCGAUUUGGAUAGUAGUACAUCGCAUAAGUCACGCUCGUCACGCAAAGCCGCUGCUCUAUUGUCUUCCGUAUCGCGCACUUCGAAUAGCCUUGAUGCCAACGCGCUGGACGUCUUCGAUCAUGACUCGAAACACACCAUUUUCGAUAUGCAUCACAUUACGGCUACGAAUAGUUCCAACUCGAAUGAAUCCUCUAUGGAGGUAUCCAAUUUGGCCUUCCCCAGCUCGCACCUUAACGCUUCCAACUCGAAUACUUCUUCCGAGGGCGCCGCUACUGGCAGUUCGGACUUUGCUAUGUUACAAUCGGGCUCCGCGGCAAGCGCGCCCAAGCCGCUGGCCACAUUCACCAUCAAAGACAACUUUGAUGUGCAUCCAUCGCACAAGGUGGAGGAGGGCAUAUUUCAGCAUAUGAAUAAGUUGCCAGCGAAGAAGAAGGAGAAUUUGAAGCAAUUAGGUGUACGUUUCACCGGUCAAAUGACGCUCUCGGAUAAGUCGAUCGUUGUCGAAAACUUUAUCAAGUUCUGUCAGGACUACGAUGUACAGGAUCAUCGACCAUUUCUCUCACUCAAUCAAAGUGGCUUAAAUAAGGCGGAUCAAAUUAAGUUUGCCCGUUAUUUGGGUCAGGGUCUGCCCACAUUUACGCUUUUCUGCAUUUAUAGUAAUUUCAAGAAUCUUUUCUGCACCAAACGAACAGAAAUUUACACAAAGGAUGGUUACAAUUUGCCUUAUAUAUUGGACAAAACGAAACGUUUUCUAUCGAAUACAACAGCAGGCAAUACACCGAGUAAAAGCAACACUAGCUCGUCACAUUCGCAAUCACAGUCACUGCCACAGUCACAAGCCACAGUCCAAUCAGAACAACAACAACAACCAACAACACAAUCAACACCACAAACACAGCAACAACCACCAACAUUGCAAUCCCAACAACCAGCAAAUCCACAAACACAGCAACAACAGCCAACACCACAAUCCCAACAGCAACAAGCACCAUCACAAUCACAACAACAACAACCUCCACCACAGUCACAGCAACAACAACCACCCCCACAAUUGCAACAACAUCAACCUCAUCCACAAUUACAACAACAACGAUUUGCACAAUCACCGCAACCACCACACUUACAACAACAACAACAAAUACCACAAUCACAGCCACAACAACCUCCAUCACAAUUGCAACAACAACAACAAAUUCCACAGUUACAACAACCACAAAUGCAAUCGCUGCAAUCAAAAUCGCUUCAAACUCAGCCCAUACAGCUGAAACCCUUACCACCGACACAUCCAAUGCAAGCAUAUCCUUUACAAUCACUAGCCCUACAAUCACAACAAUUGCAACCACAUCCGUUACAAUCACAAUCACCACAAUUGCAAUCGUUGGCAGCCGCACACCAGCUGCGUGCACAGUCACCGCAUGCACAACCGUUGCAAACGCGUCCGUUGCCAACAUUACAAGCACAUCCCAUGCAACAACAACAGCAGCAACCAUUACAACCUCAUCCUUUCCAAGCGCAGCCACAUCCUAUGCAAUCACAAUCGCUGCAGCCACAUGCUUUGCCAUCACAACCGUUGCAACCACAUCCUUUGCAAUCGCAACCACUGCAACCGCAACCACCAAAAACACUGCAAACACAAACACAUCCACAGUUAUUGCUACAAACACCAGCCUCACCACUACCACCAGGUCACCCUCACCACCAUCUACAGCAGCUACAGCUGCAACAACAGCAACAACAACCACACUCACCUUUACACAUGCCGUUGCCAAUGUCCAGGGGUUUAUCCAAAUGAUUUUGUUGGCAAACUUUUGAAUUCCUAAAUGUUUAAGUUUUUAAGUUGAGCAGAUAUUAGUUAAUCUAAAGUAAAUAAUAAUAAUAAAUAAAAAAUUAAAAUUGUAAUUAUGUAUGUAUGUAUGUAAUUUAUACAAUUUUCCUCUGCAGAAGCAUAUUUUGUUUCUUAUAUUUGUAUAUGUGUGUCUAUAAAUAAUUAGUAUUGUUGUUGUUGUAAAAAAAUAAUACUCGACUGCAGAAAUAUGCUUUGUGCCACAUUUUCAGUUAUUACAAAAACAAAAAAAAAAUAUUAAUAUAUUUUAAAUUUAAUUUGAGGAAAUUGCAGUCCAUGAUUUUCCGCUAUAUACACACAAAAAUAUAUACAUAAAUAUAUAUACAUACCAACACAUACAUAUAUAAACCAUGUUAUUCCUUGAAAUGAGAUUAUUUAAAUUAAUUUAGUUAUAAACAUUAACAUACACACACUCAAGCACCUUUGCUUAGAUAUUCCUACAAAAUAUCUAUGCUUAUAUACUAAAUAUAUAACUGUUUAUAUACAUAUAUAUUAUGUACAAAAAAAACAUCAAAUCACUCGCUAAAUAUUGUAUUUUUGUGCGUUUGUAAUAAUUUUUAAUUUUUUUUUUUGUGUUGACUAUCUAUAUAGUAUAUUAGCCAAGAGUAUAACAUGAUUUGUAUUAAUUAAAAGAUUAUUUGUCGGAAGCAAACGGCAAUGGCAAGCACGUAUUAUAGUGAAACGCCAACUAGCACAUACAUACAUGCAUAUAUGUGUGUGCAAAAACAGCU